CAUGGUAAAGUACAACGAUAGCACAGAAGAACACAAAUCGGCUUAGAGAGUCAGGCCACGCAGUGUCAGGGCAAAACAGUAAUUUCAACUUCUUCAGCUACCGACGAUUCGUCUCGGUGACGAGGCUCGAAAUUUUGUAUAGUAACAUCACUCUCUCCUUUCUCCAGUUUCCACUUCCCUUCUCCCACUCAUAUAAUUACUUUUUUGGCACCGUAAUUGAAAUUAGGGCUUUUGAAUUCAAUUCUUUCCCAAUAAAAUAAUCAGAACCGAAUUACAUAUUAGGGGUUCUGUUCUCUCAAAUUUUGCGCAUCAGAUUUGAGUGGUCGUUUGGAUUGAAUCAAUUCCAAAUCUUGGCGGAAGUUUUAGGUUUUGUGGGAGAAGUUGGAUUGGAUUGGAUCAGAGUUAAAGAAAAGCUAAUGGAUGUGGACGGAGGGGGAAACAAGCGCGUCUUUCAUAGGCUGACCGGUCCCUCCUCUGACUCGAAGAACCAAAAGGUCUGUUACCAUUGGAGAGCGGGCAAGUGCAAUCGCUUCCCCUGCCCCUUUCUUCACAGAGAAUUACAUCCCCCGGCGGUGCACCCUCCUAAUGGAACGGCGCCGUCUUCUUCGAAACGCCACCACGCCUUUGCCGCCUCCGCCGAAGAUCAUUCGGGUCCCCGCCGCGUCCCGCAUAAUAACACUUGGGGUAGAGUCCAUGGCGGCAACGCCGGUGGCAAUAAAUUUGUCCGUAAGACGGACAAGGUUUGUAAUUAUUGGAUUCAAGGGAACUGUACGUAUGGUGAUAAGUGCAAGUUUUUGCAUUCGUGGACUAUGGGGGAUGGCUUCUCAUUGUUGACGCAGCUGGAGGGGCAUCAGAAUGUUGUCACUGGAAUUGCUCUGCCAUCUGGGUCUGAUAAGCUUUAUACUGGUAGCAAAGAUGAGACAGUGCGGAUAUGGGAUUGCCAGUCUGGACAGUGCGCAGCUGUUAUUCAACUUGGCUGUGAAGUGGGCUGUAUGAUCAGUGAAGGUCCUUGGAUUUUUGUUGGUAUGCUGAACAUGGUGAAGGCAUGGAAUACCCAAACUAACACAGAAUCGAGUCUUACUGGGCCUGUGGGGCAAGUGUAUUCCCUUGUUGUGGGUAAUGAGUUGCUCUUUGCUGGUACACAGGAUGGAUCUAUACUUGUGUGGAAAUUUAAUGUAUCUACCAAUUGUUUUGAACCACUCACAUCACUCAAAGGUCACUCACUUCCAGUUGUUUCAUUAGUAGUUGGGGCUAACAGGCUCUACUCGGGUUCCAUGGACCAUUCCAUAAAGGUUUGGAGCCUUGAAACAUUGCAGUGUUUACAGACACUGACAGACCAUAGUGCCGUGGUUAUGUCUGUUCUUUGCUGGGAUCAGUUUCUUCUAUCAUGUUCCUUAGACCAAACAAUAAAGGUGUGGGUUUCUACACAAAAUGGGGGCUUGGAAGUAACAUAUACUCACAAUGAAGAGCAUGGUGUUCUUGCUCUCUGUGGUAUGCAUGAUUCAGAAGGAAAACCGGUGUUGCUAAGUUCUUGCAAUGACAACUCUGUUCGCCUCUAUGAUCUGCCAUCGUUUACCGAGAGGGGAAAAUUUUUCUCGAAACAAGAGGUACGAUCAAUUCAGGUAGGCCCUGGUGGCCUAUUUUUCACCGGAGAUGGAACGGGUCAAGUGAGAGUAUGGAACAUGGUAGCUGAAACAGCUUCCACUGCCUAAUAGAACACAUUAUAAUGGGUGGACACUAUGUAUCUUGAUUAAUUGAUGAUCUUCUUUUUCCCGCACCUUUCAUAGGACCACCGUUUGUAACAUUUAGGUUGGAGAAGGAAUAAUAUUUUUUUUCUUCCCCUGGUUUGGGAUUGAAUUGAGAGUUGAGUUCUUGGGUUUUGGAGAGGUAGAAUUUAGUGCUAUCAACUUACUUGUGUUGGAAAAUGUUGUCAUAGAGAAUGUUUUUGUCCCACUUCGAGAAGUUGUAAUCUUCUUAAAAAUAGAGCUUAUUUAUAGCCUUAUUGUAUUUUAACUGUUCACUGCAGAGAUUUGUUCG